UAUUACUUAGAUUUUAUUUUUAAGUGAAGGAUAAAAACUUUAUUCAAAUCUAUUGAGAGUUAAAAAACUACUGUUAGGAAGUUCCAAACUGAUAUUACAGAAAUUACUGUAGAUCAUUCUAGUAUAAAAUGGAUUCGAAAUUUGAACAGCAGGAAAACACUGCAACUUACAAUCCUAUUGUGCUUGUGCUACAGUUCCUUGCUGAUUAUGGUUGGUACUUGAUUGGGGCUGGUGCAGCUCUCGUAUAUUUGGCGCAUAAGCUUCGACCAAAGUAUGAACAGUGGAAACAAGCUAGAGAAGAUGCUGAAUAUCACAAAGACCCGGAUAAGGCCCUAGCUCGUAUGGAAGCUAUUCAACGUGCAAGAGAGCAACAACAGAAACUUUUGGAGGAGGCCUCGAGGAGAGCUUUAGAAGCACAGAAGGAGAAAGAAGAAAAGAAGAGAGCUGAGAUUGCUGAAAAGUUAAAGAAGUUACAUGAAAAUGGAGGAACAACUCUUGGUUCAGCUGUGGAUGACGGAUAUUUACCGCUAGCUGGUGGGGCUUCUACGUCAUCCUACCGUCCGCCCAAGCGCUCGGCCUGCGCUAAAGGUGGCUGCGGACGAUAGACAUUUGACUUCUCAAGAUUAAUCUGACUCGUCAAGACUUACUCAAUAAAUAGCUAAUAUACUAAAUUAGUACUAAAAUUAAAUACCUACGUGGUGUGGUCAUGUAGUAGUAUUGGUGGUUUUUUAUAAUGCAAUCAAGCAAUAUGGAAAAAUAUAAAAAUUCCAAUGGGAUAGUACAAUAUCAUUGUGUAUGAAACAUACGUGUUGUAAACUUGUAACAGUAAAAACAUUUGUGGUACAUCCUAAUAAAUUAAUACCUACGUAACAAUAA